AACGAAUUUUCCCCACAUUCCAUUUGCGCCUUUCUUUAUACCUCUCAAAACCCAAUACAAAAAUCACAUAAAGAUUGCAGCUUUAGGAGUCAGCAACGAGCACUAAUGAGUAGAGCGAGCGUGAGCGCCAGUGUGCGUGUGUGAGAGAGAGAGAGGGAGGGAGGGGGAGAAAGAGAUCUAACCAAGCAAUGGGGUUGAGAUUUUUAGACCAAGAACAGUGAAAGCAGCCAUGGUUUGCUUUUGUCACGGCCCUCGAGAGUUGGAAUCUUUGUGUCUUUGGUAGAUCUUUUCAUCACUUGAUGAAGAAGUGCUGAUUCGAUUCGGAUGAUCCGCGUCAUGUAGCAGUUGGUUCCAAAACUGCCGGUUUACAAGAUAAGUCUGCCAAAAAUUUAUCAUUGUUGAGUGGAGAUAUGGCCGCCACCGCGAAUGAAGAUUCUAAGGGGAUGUAUUCUUGGUGGUGGGGUAGUCACAUUACCCCGAAGAAUUCGAAAUGGCUCAUGGAAAAUGUUACAGAUAUGGAUGCCAAAGUCAAACAGAUGAUUAACAUCAUCGAAGAAGAUGCUGACUCAUUUGCGAGACGGGCAGAGAUGUACUAUAAGAGACGGCCCGAACUUCUGCAAUUGGUUGAAGACUUUUACCGAGCGUAUCGUGGAUUAGCUGAGAGAUAUGAUCAUGCCACAGGGGUUCUGUGCCAGGCCCAUAAAACUAUGGCGGAAGCAUUUCCCAACCAAGUCCAGCAAGUGCUUCUUGACAGUGAUGAGUCUCCCAAGGAUAUUUUGGAACAAGCUCUGUCUUACUUCCAAGCUUGUGAGAAAACCAUGAAUCAAGAUUACAAGGGUAUGAGAAGUAGAAAUGAGUUGAAACAGGUUGAUGACACUUCUGAUUCAGGAGGAGGAAGAGAUAAUGUGGUUCUCAUGUGUCGUGAUGCAGGAGAAAAAGAAUACAGUGCACAAUGUACUUGCAAGCAUGAUGUGAUGACACGCGAACUAGAGCGAGCAGGUGAAACUGAGAAAGAAAUUCAGAACUUGAACCAGGCACUUGCAGAGUUGGAGGCUGAGAGAGAAGUCUAUGCGCUCCAGUUUCAUCAGAGUCUGGAGAGAUUAUCAAAAUUGGAGUUGGAACUUACUCGAAGGGCCAAUGAAGCUGAGGCAGAAGCUCAAUCUUUGAAGACAGCGCUAGUGGAUCUGCAAGCCGAAAAGGAACGCAAUCUUAUUCAGCACCACAUGGCUUUAGAAAAACUGAGAGAUCUUGAGAACGCUGUGUCGUGUGCCCGAGAAGAGGUGGAAGAAAUAAAACAGCGAGCUGAUAAAGCUGAAACUAGGGCUGACACUCUAAAACAAGAACUUGUAAGUGUGGAAGCUGAAAAGCAAGCUGCACUUCUUCAGCAAAACAAGUGCCUUGAGAAAAUAUCAAAUCUGGAAGGUAAAUUAAAACAUGUGGAGGAGAAUACCAGAGAGAUUAGGGAAUCUGCUGCUGUACGUUGCAACAAAUUGCUGAUGACAAUUUCUAAUCUGGAGCAGGAAAUUAUGCGAAACCGGUCCCAACUGUUGGAUCCUGAUCGGGACAAGGAUUCAACAAAGCUAAAGAAAGCUGAAGAAAUGUGUCUUCUUUUGGAGAGAUCUAAUCAGACUCUGCAGUCUGCUUUGGAGGCUUUGACAAAGAAAAUGGAAGCUCAGAGUGAAGAAACUAUAGAGAAGCAGAAGGAAAUGGGAAGGCUCUGGACUUGUGUGCAAGAAGAACGCAUACGGUUUUCUGAGGUUCAAACUUCCUUUCAAAAUCUACAGAAUCUUCACUUUGAGACUCAGGAACAGCUGAGAUCCCUAGCCAUGAAGCUUCAGGAGAAGUCUCAACUUCUAGAAGACAUGGAAUUGCACAACAAGGGUUUAAAGGAUGAAAUCCGGAAGGCCCAUGAGGAGAAGAAGAAUAUAAAUGAGGUCAAUAUGGCUUCAUCACUCUUAGUAAAGAACUUGGAAGAUGAAAUCUUGAGCAUGCGAGAAAUAAUGCGAAAACUUGAAGCGGAGACUGCAGUUAUAGUGGGUGAACGAGAUUCUCUUCAAAAUGAAAUUUACUCUCUGAAAGAGCAACUAGAUGACCAGAGAAAGAAGCAUUGCUCUGUGAUGGAGCAGGUGGCUUCAGUGGGUCUCGAUCCCGGGUGUUUGGGGUCAGCUUUCAUGGAGUUGAUUGAUGCAAAUUCAAAACUUGAGGAGUGCUGCAAUUUAGAACAAAGUGAAAAAAUCGCUCUACUGAAGAAACUGGAAGUCUCCGAGAAGCUUGUGGAGAAGACUGUCUUGUUGGAGAAUAGAAUCUCGGAUUUGAAUGUGGAGUUGGAAGAGUAUAAGCUUAAAUUGAAGGGAAUGGAAGAAUCCUGCGAAUCUCUCCUGGCUAAUAAGUCCACUCUGAUUUCUUAUAUAGAGAGUAUGAUUGGCAACUUUUACAAACUCAUGGGGACGAACGAUACUCCUUCUGAGAAUUUGCUUAAUGAUGAGUAUGUGGAUCUUGAUAGAAAACCUGGCAAAGUGAAGAAUGCAAAAGAUAUUUGUGUGUUACAUGAACAGGAAAAGUUCGGUACAGUCAGCGAGAAGGAAAAGCUGGAAUAUCAGUUAUAUGUCUUUCAGCGAAGACUGGAAGGCCUGGUGAGCAGUUACGAGGGACUAAAAGGUGAUUACUCGGGUAUGAAGGAGGAGAGAGAAUCCUUGAUCUCCAGCAUCCAGAAGCUACAACUUGAUUUAAAAAGAGAGAUUGAGGAACAUUACAAUUCUGUGCAGUUGAGUAGGACCCGGUUAGCCAAUGUGGAGUUCCAGAUCAUUCACCUGCAGCAAGAAGCUCGGAGCAAAGACUCGGAAUGUGAAGAGGAACUGGAAAAAGCUUUGGACUCUCACAUCCAGAUCUUCAUUUUGCAGAAAUUCCUGGAGGAUCUGCAGGAGAGGAAUUUCUCACUCUCACUCAGGUAUCAUACUCUUGUGGACGCAUGGCAAUUCUCGCAGAAGCAAAUUUCUUACUUGGAGAGUGAAAAUCUCGAACAUCUGGCUGAGCUCAAACUUUUGUCCGAUGAAAUUACUGUAGAACGGUUGGCAUUGUAUCGGAUUUCAAAGACUCUUGAGAUCUGUUCGUGUCAAGAGUUUGAAGACCAUAUUGAUCUGGACCAUGAUCUUAUACGGAAUACUCUUGCAAAGAUUAGAGAUCUGCAAGAAUCCUUUUCUAAGCUAGAAGAGGAAAAUCUCCGGGUGGUUUUCGAAAAAUCAGUCCUAUAUUCACUGCUCAAGCAACUGGAACUAGAGGCCACAAAGCUUGCAACAGAACGAAAUGCCCUUCAUCAAGAGCUAAGGGUCAAAUCUGAGAACUUCGAUGUGUUGAAGUAUGGCCUGCAAAAGGUUAUAGAUACAAAUGAAGAAUUGAAGCUAAAGUUCUCAGAGGGAAUUGACAACGAAAAACUGCUGAAAUCCGAAAUAUUGAGAGCAAUCGCAAAUGAGAAGCUAGAGCUGCUGAAGAAGCUGGAGGAUUUGAAGAUGGAGUAUGCUGAUACCAAGAUAGCACGAGAGCAUCAACAGAAGCAGAUUCUCAAACUGUCUGAAGAUUUGAGUCAUCGGACCAGAGAGACGAGAUUUCUUCGGGAAGCAAAAUGGAAAUUGGAGGCUGAACUGAUAACCUCCAGGAUCAAUGAAGCUUUUCUCAAGGAUGAAAUUCUUGAGCUCAAUGAAGCAUAUCGAAGUACGAGUGAAGCGAGACGUGUGGAGAUUGAACAGCUAAAAGAAACAAUCAAUGCUUUGGAAGGAGAAAAUGGCGGACUGAAAACUCAGCUUGCUUCUUAUGUUUCAGGAGUACUUUCUUUGGCGGAAUGUAUUUCUUCAUUAGAAAAUUGUACCGGUGUCCAUAAAGAUUUUUACAAAUCCAAGAAAGAAGUUGUCAAGGAAAUCAACUUGAUGACACAACAGCAAUCUAGGAUUUCAGAAUCCAUCGGAAAUACAAGAUUGAUGGUGCCAGAUUGUUUUUCUGCAAUGCAGGACCUGCAAUUAAGAGUCAAGGUAAUUGGAGAGACGCUGCUGAAAGCUGAGGAGCCGACAGUUCUGGAAAACUUGAAUUCGAAUGCCAAAUUGGAGGAGUUGGACUCUAGCAGAUCUCGGAAACAUGUCCCAAGAAAAAAAGAAAAGGAAAAACGUGGUGAUGCACCUGAUAAUGACCUGAAGAUACGCAAACUGACUCUUCAGAUGUCUGUGGCCGAGAAUGAGCUUCUGACUAAAGACAUUAUGCUCGACCAGAUUUCUGAACAUUUUCCCUAUCGGGCUCGUAGGACUGACUCAGUUGAGGCUGAAGAUCGAAUGCUCGAGCUGUGGGAAACCAGCGAUUCAAGUGGGAUUAUCGAUCUUAAAGUCGGGAAAGCUCACAAGAACUAUGAUAUGCCCAACGACUAUUACUUCGUCGAAGCAGAUAAGGAGCAGAAGUCCUGUAACCCUUCUGGAGAGUCACCUGAUGAGAAGGAGCUCAGUGUUGAUAAAUUAGAGAUACCCGAGAGCUUAACAGAACCUCGUCGAGCAAGGAUCAAGAGGAAGAUCUUAGAGAGGCUUAAUGCCAAUGCUCAGAAGCUGACAAACCUGCAAAUAACAGUGCAGGAUCUGCGGAGGAAGGUGGAGAACACAGAGAAGAACAGAAUGGAAAAGGGCAUCGAGUACAGCAAUGUGAAGGAGCAGCUGGAAGAAGCUCAAUCGACCAUCAACAAAUUGUCUGACUCGAAUAAUAAGUUGAUUAGAAACGCUGAGAGGCGCCUAUCUUCCUGCGACAGCAAAUCCACCAGAGAUUCAGAUGAUCGUGGUUGCGCCAGGAGGCUGAUUUCAGAGCAGGCUCGAAGAGGGUCGGAGAAAAUCGGGAAGCUUCAGUUGGAAGUGCAGAAGAUACAAUUCCUUUUGCUGAAGAUGGACGACGAAAAAGAGUGCAGAACAAGAACCAGAGUGGUCGACCGAAAGACAAGAGUUUUGCUGAAGGAUUAUCUAGUAAGUGGCAGACCAAGAAACCAACAGAGCAGAAAGAAAUCAUCCUUUUGCUGCGUUCAACUCCCGUCCAAAAGGCAGUGAGGAAUGGCCGAAGUAGAGUUAGUUUAAUGGCCAUAUCUAGCAGAGAAAGACGUAUCAUCUUUAGUGUAGGGAUCAUAUUGUAUAUCUCAGGCCUUCUCCUAGGAAGAGACUAAUUAGAGCUCCUUCAUGUUUCAGUUUCUUGUUCUUCUCAGCUCUAUGUCAACUUUCUGAGAUCAUUAUCUUCUUUAGCGUAGGGAUCAUAUUGUAUAUCUCAGGCCUUAUCCUUGGAAGAGACUAAUUAUAGCUCCUUUAUGUUUCAGCGUCUUGUUCUUUUCAGCUCUAUGUCAACCUUCUGAGAUCAUGGGAGGACAUAUGAAGUAAUAUCUCGAAGGUCAUCACUGUUA